AUGGCAAUAAAGCAACAGUUCACAGCUUUUUUCGCAAUAACUAUCGCGGCAGCGGCAUCAGACUUGCACAAGCGCGAUGCCAAAAUAACAACAGCGUGCGACACGGCGGCGUACCUCGACCAUAUGGCGGGCGAAGCUUCUGCGGCUUUUACAAACAGCAUGCAAGCAACAAACACCGCAUGGCAAAUGGCCACAAAAUUGGCGGCAGCGGGAAACAAGAUCGGGAGUCAACAAGGAGCGGGACUGGUUUUAUUAGCUGCGACAGUAGCUGAAGAUGCAGCUAACGCUUUACAAAACCUGCAGUUCAAAGGACCGGCAUUAAUUCGCGGGAUCCGGAGCCUACAGGCUUUGUCAACCCAACAAGACAUUGUGGGGGACCUAGAAUUAACAGCGAUCGAACGAAAAGAGGCAGCAGCUGUCGCAAGUUUCAUAAGUGCCAAUAACGGCGACGCAAUAUCACUCAACCUAAACAUCAAGACAUUCCGGGCGUGCUUCAGUGCCGAUAACACAAGACAGCCAGUACCCGGCGGCGGCCAAGCAGCAGACGGUACAAACAACAUUGUAAUGUCACAGUUAAAGGUAACGCCGCACACUACGACACUAACACAGGGCCCACGACUGUGCUACACAGCGGGGACGACGGCAACCACCGAACAAUGCCAUGACAAGUCCAGCGGAACAAGCAACAUGAUGCUCUUGCAAGGCAAACCACUCACAACAGCAGCCAUCACUUUCAAGCGCAAAGUGGCCGAGGGCGGUGAAUACGCAGCAACGGACGGCGAAGCAAGCAACGCAAUCCCCAUAAAAACUGAGCUAACACAGCUCCUGAAGGACGUUAAAGAGCUAGAGGACAACGUCGCAGACCUGCCGUACAUAUUCACUGCCGACAAAGCGUUCACGAUGACAACAACUGCGGAAUUUCGACAAAGAAUGGCAACAGCUUUAGUCAAAGAAGAUGCCAAAUACUCGACAGCCACAAUUAAAAACCAAGUAGAUACCCUAGAAAAAACACUUUAUGGCGAAACAAGCAAUGACUUCCAAAGGUGGGUACUAGAUCUGCUAGACAGUAUUGAGGUUUCAGGAAGCUCUAUUGGAGAAGACAAACCAGUAGCUCUAAACAAAGUAGGUCCAACCAUCAAAGUCCUUCGAGCAGCGGGGUACUACAGUGCAGCGAAACUAAUACGUGAAAAAAAACAGCCAAGCAAGACUCAGGCGCAAGAUGGCUCUGACCAAGAAGAAAAUGAUUGCAAAACCAAAAGCAAAGAUGAGUGCAAAAGUGGAAAAUGUGAAUUAAAAGGUGGAAAAUGCGUAGAAAAAGAGGAAGUGAAAGUGGAAGGAGCAGGAACACAAGGUACCCAAAACGCCACAGGAAGAAAUUUAUUUAUUAUUAACAAGGCCCUUUUUUGCUUGCAGUUUUUGUUUCUAGGAUAA